AUCACGACAAACACAGCAACGUGUAUCGAUGCAGUAUAAAUUAUGGACGUGAUAAUAACGGAACUUUCCGUUGACAUCUCAGGGCUAAAGAAGACGGAGGAAGAGGAAGAUAGCACAUGGGACAAGUCCAUGACUGUUCUGGGAGAAUUGAUUGGAACCUCAAUUCUGGUCUUUCUGGGGUGCAUGGCAUGCAUGGGUAGUAUGAAGCCGUAUAUUCCUGGAAUUGGACCGUCUAUGAUACAAGUUUCUUUUGCUUUUGGUCUCGCUGUUAUGAUUGCUAUACAGUGCGUCGGUCACAUCAGCGGCGCUCAUCUCAAUCCGUCUAUUACAAUCGCCGCACUAAUUCUUGGCAAGAAGUCUCUCAUAAUGGCCGGAUUUUACAUUAUUGCACAAUGUUUGGGUGCCCUGUUAGGUUACGGCUUCCUAAAGAUGAUAACGCCAUCAGAUCUUGUGCAUGGCGGUGAUCCAACGACAACCGACAAGUUUUGUGCGACGGACAUUAAUGAGGCUAUUGGGAUCGGACAUGGAAUCGCGGCUGAGGCUUUUGCUACUGGCGUACUUGUUUUUUUCGCAUGCAGUAGUUGGGACUCGCGAAACGCGAAGAAUACCGACUCGUUGGGAUUGAAAUUUGGCCUCUGCGUUGCCAUGCUGUGUCUUGCUUUCACCCCUCAUACCGGCUGCAGCAUGAAUCCUGCUAGAUCGUUCGGACCAGCAGUCUGGACUGGUUACUGGCACUACCACUGGUUAUACUGGUUGGGACCGAUUGGAGGCUCCAUUAUUGCGACUUUAAUCUAUCGAUAUUUAUUUUUUAAAAAUCAGGAAAAUACGCAAGAUGUGGAAACUUUGAAUGACAUCGAGACUUAAAUGGAAUAAUGCUGAGCGAAAUUGCAUUCUGGUAGUCGGUGGUUCACAAAUUGAACAAGAAAUCCUGAUCGCGCUGGUAUUCUCUCUGGGUGAGAAAGAGGACGUUGCAAAAGUUGCGGUGAAAGCUCUCGUGCGAUGGAAACAGACGGACUUGGAACUUUACGGAUUUCUACUUCCAAGAUGUUCGGAAACGUCCCAUUCGAAAUCUUAUAACCUGAAGGAUCGCAAUGUAUCGAAGGAUGCCACGCGACAAGGACUUUUGCGUCGUAGACUGAUGUGACAGAUUAUUUUUGUACAAAUACGAUAUCUUAUUAGAUAAGGCGCCGUGUACCUACUAUUUGUUAACUUUAAAUGCAACUGAGAAAAAAAUAUCGAAGUAUUGCGAAGCA